AUGAGAGCAAAUGAAGUGUCUGAAUCUGAUGGUAAUGAUGAAUCAGAGGAUAAGGAAGACAAAGAGGAGAGUGAAGGAGAGUUGGAAGGUGAAAAAGAAGGGUCUGAUCAUGACGGUGAAGUGGGUGUGGAUCUUGACAUUAUAUGCUUGCUACUAAAAUAUGCCAAAGGCCUAGCGAUCUUAACUGUUGCCAAAGCUGGUGCACUUCUCUCUUACAAAAUUGGUACUGGUUUGGUUGUUGCUCGAAGAGUCGAUGGAUCAUGGUCUGCGCCAUCAGCUGCAUUUUGCAGUCGAAUGCAUUUUUCCCUUGGUGCUGGUUGUAGUGCUGCUGCUGGACCUGUUGGAAGAGUUCUGGAGGUUGAUGUUCGUGCUGGUGACAGGGGUUCUGGCAUGUGCUAUACAUAUAGUUGUAGUAAAGGUAGCUUUUAA